GUUUGGUCGAAAGCCCAAAAGUCGCGCUUUCAAUUAAAAAUCGCCAUGAACGGUUGGGAUUUUUUUUUUUUUUUUGCAAGGGGAGGUUAGGGGGAGGCUUGAUUUUACACACGGACAGCUGGCCAGUUUGAUGUGCUCGAAUUAGAUUUGUAUUAAAUUGCAUUUUUGUGGUUAUUAUUUAUUUCAUUGCAGCAUUCGCAGCACUUUUCCUACCCCUUUUUUUUAUUUCUUUUGAUUUAUAUUUGUUUUUUUUUUUUGUAUUUAUUUUCGCGUAUUUGCGUAAACAACUGCGUGGGCAAGUUAAUGCAAUCAAAUGUGGCAUAAUUAAAAACUAAUAUGGGAAAGGCGGGCUGGUGGAGGGAGAGAGAGAGAGAAAUCCUAGAGGGCUGUGCGGUUUGAAUAUCAACUGCGUGUAAAUAAACAAGCAGACUCUGAUUUAGUUGACUAUACUAAGGUUACUAACCGGUUGUCAUUCGUUUUCAGGUUGUUCGAAUAUAUCAAAGCGAAAUAGUGAGAUUAUUUAGCUAAUCGAAUAUCAAAGAUGCGUCGCAGGAAGCAUGCCAAAAGUGAUUAUAAGAAAUCAGCGAAGAAAGCUAAACUGGAAGUCCCUAGACCGAGAAAUAUGGUGUGUGUUGUAAAUGUGGAACGUCUAGAUCUAUCAAAUUUACAACUGCAAACAGAUCGACCACGUAUGUUUGUGAUUGACAAUGCUAACAAUAUGGAAAUCUUAGAAGCUCCAUUAAAUGAAAAUGUUAACAACUUGGAGCCUCAGGUAGAUCCAUUAAACUUGGAACCCAUUGGCAUUGUUCUAGAAGAUCCAUCAGAUUUGUUACGAACUGGAAAUGCUAGCAGUGUGGGAAACCAAGAGGCUUGUUCCCCUGGAAAUGCUAAUAAUUUGGAGAUCCAAGAAGCGCUUUCAACUGGUAAUGAUAACAAUUUGGAUAUCCAAGAAGCUCCUUCAACUGGUAAUGCUAACAAUUUGGCAAACCAAGAGGAGAGUAUAGAAGUGAAAGUAGAACCAUUAAACCAAGAACCAAAUGGGAAUGCUAAAAGCUUGGAGCCUCUUGCAGAUUUAUCAGGUUUGUUACCAACUGAAAAUGCUAACAAUCCGAUCGAAGAACCAUCUAAUCCAGAACCAAAUGAAAGUGCUAACCCAUCAAAUGGAAAUCCCCAGAACUUAGAAUAUCAAGACGAACCAAUUGAAAAUAAUAUUAACAUAAAACAAGAAGAUGAUUCAUCUAACCCAGAACCAAUAGAUAAUGCUAAUAACAACUUGGAGAACCAAGAAGAUCCAUCCAAUCCGGAACCAAAUGAAAAUAUUAAUAAUGUCGAUAAAUCGAAUGGAAAUUCGAAUAACUUAAAUUCUCAACUAGAUCCCAAUUGGGAAUUAGAACCCGAAGAAGUUCCAGCUAUGGGUAAUAUAAACAUCUUUGAAUCUCUAGAGGAUCCCUCCAGCUGGGUUGAAAUUCAAGAAAAUGACGACGAAUCCAACUCGGAGCUCAAUGAAGAGGACAACACUGAAGACAUUCCAACCAAUUCAGAACCAACUGAUAAUGCCGUAGAAGAUGGGUCCAAUGUCCAGCAACAAGGUUUGAUUCAAAGAUACAAAAUGCUAUUGGGCGUGGCAUUUUAUUUACUAUUACGCAAUUUACCAGGAUUGAGAUAUGCGGCAGGAAUGAAACGUUAGACGAAACGGAAUAUGAUGAUUGCUGAUUUUUUUUAUAUUGUUUUCCGAGUUUUUUUUCUUGAACUUUCCGCGAUUUGGCUUUAUAAAUAUUUCAGGAUAACACAAUUUAUGAUUUAACUGCACUAGCAAGACGACUUAAUAUUAUUUAUUUAUUGUCAGGAAAAUAAUAUUAACAUGCAGUUUGAAUUCAAAAUAACUAAGUAACAAAAUUUAUGGACUGAAAGAACUGCAGUUUGAAUUUACACUUUUUUGAACAUUUUUUCCCAAAAUAACAAAACUCAUGAUUUCACUGAACGUGAAAGAGCUGAACGAAGACUUUAUGAUGACGAAUUUACAUUCUUUGAUAGAAAACGAAACAUGAAACAUGAAACAUAAACUUGAAACAUGAAAGCAGCUUGAAAUUGUAUUCCUAAUACAAGAAGAUAACAUAAUUUAUGAUUUAACUGGAAGAGAAAGCACUGAAAAAGAUGUCUUAAUUGAUGAGGGAAACAUAAUUUUUGAAAAAAAAAACAUUAAUUUACAACAUGAAUUAGGAAAUCUUUAAAAUUGUUUACCCUAAAAUAACAAGAUAACAAAAAACUAAUGAUUUAUCUAGAAGAAAAAGAACUGCAAGACGACGACCUCUAACUAAUGACUAGUUUAUAUUCUUUGAUAGAAAAAGAAACACGAAUUUUCCGUUGAAAUUUACUUAAAUUUUCCCUAAAAUAACAAAACGUUUUGAUUUAAUUGGAAGAAAAAGAAUCGCAAGAUAACUUAAUGAGAGAUUUGCAAAAGAACAAAACAUUGAACUUUUAGUUUGAACUUAAAAACUUUAAAAUUGAAUAUUCUUUAAAAUUAAAUGUUAAUCGUUACACUACAAAAUGUGUUAACAAAAUUGAUUUAUUUAUGGUUUGGUUUUUAUAAAGAUCAACUCUUAGGU